AUGGCUUCGACCUCGCCCCCAUACUACGUCCUUGUCUCGCGUUCAACGCUACGGACAGAUGACCACGCGCCUGCCGGGAGCAUCCUAAGCCAUCCGGUUAUCCAGUACCAAUAUGUAGACGACUCUCCGCUGUCGCUUCUCCCGGAGUCCGAGGACGAACACGUACUGGUUCUAGAUUGGGAUCCCGCUGCAGCUCCCCCGACGGGCAGAAGCCUGUCCAAAGGUCUCUCUGUUACAGGAGUCAAGAUUACUGACGCUCCCGGUGCUGGUAUUGCCGACGAAGAGGACAGGAAGAACGACAAAAUGUAUAUCUUGGAUGCUGUCAUGGCUCCUGAAGCCAGAAGCCAGGAUGACUCGCAGGAGGAAGAGAAGGAUGCCAUGGUAGCUCUUUCGAGGUUCAAAGACAUGAACGCUGUUCUGCGCCGUGCACUUGACUAUCCCGACUUCUCUGCCCUCAGGACUCCGCAGCCCCAAGUGGCCGUCCUCAAGCAGACGUAA